AUGUCCCAUUCGGGAAGGCGAGGACGCCUGCUUUUGAAUGCAUCCCCCGUCUGCAACCUAUGCGGCGAAAGUAUUUAUAGCUUCUCGACCGGUAUUUCUGAGAUCAUAAAUCGUAAUGCACCGAAAGGCGUGAGCCUUUUCUCACUGCAUAAUCGAUGGAUCGACGGAAGACCGACAGAUCUGGAUGAGAUACACUUCGACGAGAUGUGGACAUGUUCUGGCACGUUUCGAGUUCCCUUGGGCAUGGUCGCAGUGUAUUUCAACCCUUUCGAUACUUUCGACCCGGAAGGCACAUUCCAUCUCUCUGGUGUUGGCGAGCUUCGACCAGGUCAAACAACAUGCCUCCCACAGGAUGAUAAUCAAAUGAUUCUGUGGAAUUACCAAAGCCCUACCCAACACGCCUUGCCCACUCCGAAAUUUUUGUCGGUGCUUUCAAAUCUUCUAACAUUUCCUAUGCACGAACGAUGCUGGCGCCUCAUGACUCAAAUUCUCGAUGUCGAGUUGAUCAAAAAGAAUAUGGAUAUCUUUGUGCGCGCAAUGUGUCAGCCAUGGCUACUCACAAGGCCUGUGUCUAAUUCAAGCCGAUCUUACCCCGUGGUAGAACUGUCCAAGCUGUGUGUCAAUUUGCCAAGAAGAUUCCGCCUAACCCCUACAUUGUUUCGUGGCAUGGGUGAUGAAGACCUAAGCCAUAUGCCUCGUGACUUUCGCGGUGCGGACCCACUGAACGACUCCUACGUUGACAAGGUAAUUGCCAAGUAUGCAGCAAAGUACACCAAGAAGAGGGAGAAGGGGUUUGAACCAACUUGGCAACCUUCAAUACCCACCCAUACAAUGUCCCGACGAUCCCAGGGUACUUUCAGACCCAGGAACGUGUUUCUCCCAACCGAACUCAUCUUGAACAUCGCAGAUUAUUUGGGACAUCACAAGGACAUCCAAAAUCUGCUUUCCGUGUUUCCGCAUUGGCAUCCAAUGAUCCCAGACACUUACUGGAGACGUCGAUUCAUUGAUGAUAACUGUCUAAACAAUAUUCAAUUCCCGUCAGAAGCUCUGGAUUGGCAGCAUCUCUAUCUCAACUGUGACAGGCUGCUACGACCCUCCUUGGGAUGGCGCAACAGGCAGCGUAUCUUGAGUCAACUGCAAGGGACUAAAGAGCGAUUCUUGCGGCAACUCGAGCAGAAGGGAAAGUGA